AUGGGGCCGUGGAAGCUGCAAAAGUUGGUUGGGCGGCGCCGUAGCCAGAAUGGCGACGGGGCAUCCGCCGCGCCGGAGAACGGAGGGCCUGCAGAGGGACAAAAGCAAGAAACGGAAGCAAAGCCGGAGGUCGUGCAGAGUGAAGAAAGCGAGGAAGAUGACGACGUUCCGGAAUUUUUAAGUCCACCUGUCGCCCCGCCUACGGAGUCGACCUCGGAAGCCAGAGAGACCAAGCGACGCGGGAGCCGAGCGCAGAAAGAAGACUCGGAGGUCCAGGACCGCGUGCGCCGUUCCUCCGAUCACCGAAGGAAAAGCAAGCACGAUCGCGGCACGUCGGCUCGGGGUACGCGGUCGCCUGCAACGAGCUCAUACCUCCCGGCUCCGAAAGUCUCGCCCAACACUUCUCAAAGGCAAGACGAAGACACGCGUAAACUGGAGGAGGGCGUGCGAGAGCUCCUGGCUGCUGCUGCGGCGAAGUCGAAGAGUGACCAGAACCGAAGUGACCGUGGCGCUCAAAGGGGAUCUGUCCUCGCGCUUAAACAGAAGGGCCUUGUUACGCAGCUCAAGAGCGAUUUCGAAGGCAUACAACACGAAGAAACCGUAGAAAUACAUGGCGAACCUGCCAAAAUACGCAAGCAUCGCAAAACCAGUGACACCGAGACGGACCGGAAGCGUACGGACCGAAGAAAGAAAAACUCCGGCGGAAGUAAGGUCGAGGCUGACGGUGGGUCUAGCGCGGUCUCGCCUCGGUUGUCGGGACGCCGUUCGGGCGCGAAUGGCCCACAAAAAACGCGAAAAGAUGCGUCAGGGAGAAACAAAGAAGAGAGACGGCGCGCCUCCACACGAGUCGCAGCUGAGGGAUCGGAGAGGAGAGGCAAAGAAGGCACUCUCGAGUCCGACGAGGAAAAGCCCGCGAAGGGUCGUGGAUCGGCCACCAGCACCACUCUGCGAUCGGGUCCCAAAAAGGGGGCGGAACGCAAACCCUCUGGAGACGCCCGACGUGCGCCCAGCCGCGAACAAUCAGCAGUUCGAGAGGGGGACAGCGGAGGCGCAAGAAGCGCCAGCGACAACCCAAACUUUAGUCGAGACUCGCUCUUGGACAAAGGAGAGGACGGAGCACGGAGGAAAUAUGGCGAAGGAAGGACCGUGUCUCUGGUGGGCUCUCAAGAAGAGGGAACCGUGAAAGACACAAGCGCUCCAGUACUCCUUGCGCUCUCGUCGCGCGAUGACGACGAGGAGUUUCGCACAGCUAUGAGGUCCAGUACCGACCCGACGGACUUAAUCGAACUGGCAUUGCGCCAAUUAGGCGCUCUGGAUAAGUUCGUUCGACGGCCAGACGGAUUGGCCAUAGCUACGCUGGAGAAGACUCGGUCCCUCCAGGAUCGAGUGAACCGCGACACCCAGCGGCUAAUGAGCGUGCUGGAGGAAGCAAAGCGGGCAGUCCCGCAGAAAUUCGAGAAACGACGGCAAACGGUCGCGACUGCGCAGAGUGGCCAGGCUGAUCAAGCUCUGCUCGACACGAUUGCUCGAGAGCGAGAGCGAGAAAAGGCCGGGAACCUGACAGGGAAGCUCAACAAAGCUCUGGGAAUGAAGCCUACUGCCGCAAAGCGCCAACUGGAACGUCUUGCUGAACUUCGGCGAAUGACGGCCGAUCCUGGACUCGCCCCCCCUGCACCUGUCAAGGUGACCAGGCCACCGAGGGUCACUCUGUCUACCGGCUCAAAACUCACUGCGAACGACUCUGGGUCCACUGUAGCGGACGCUUGA